AUGCCUCCUGUGGCUCGGGUGUUGCCAAUCGUUUUCGCGUAUUUUGCUGCCUGGUCGGAUCCGGGUCCUCGCGAUAGGGUCGCAGCAGCAUCUCGUGGAAGACGUCGUAAACCUUCCAUUCUACCGGAAGUUCGAGACAGUAAGCCCGAUUGCCCACCACUCAUCAGCAAGCUCGCCUAUUACCCAGGGCGCAGCCCCUACGUCCUGGCGGGCAUUCUGCGCCACGAGCGCCCAGCGCGUCCGGCACCGCCAGAGUACAACCUUCGCGCCAGGCUCCGCCGCAGGACCGUCCCACUCUCUGGGACCGCCAGGAGAUAUGGCUCACGUCCGGAGGGCACUCGCCAAUGCUCUGGUCGCCUGGGCCGCCAUGAGAUUCCCUCCCCCUCCGGAGACGCUAGGAUGGAGUGA